GGGGAGAUAGUGCUUAGGCCACUGAUCCAUGGACAUGCCAGGAGCUGGUCUGUGAUCCUCUCCAAUGUGCUCUAUGUCCCUGCUCUGUCACACAAUCUGAUCUCCACUACAUACCUGUCAGUUCACCAUGACUACACUGUGCUUAUGAAGGAGAACUACAUCCUGUUCAAGCGCAAUGGUGAAGUGUACUUUGUGGCAGACAUCUCAGAGCAGGGUCAGGCAUUUGUGAGAGAGACUGUCAUGGAUAAAGAGCUGGUUACUGGUGUGAGGCUUGCCUCUGCUAGGAAGCCAGACCCCAUCUGUGAGCCAUGCCUGUUUGGCAAGCUGAAUGCUGGCCUGUUUCCCUCAACUGGUCAUCGUUCUGGAGCGCCUCUUGAUCUGAUUCACUCUGAUCUAAAGAGCUACUCUGUGCCCACCCGCGAGGGCUGGAAGCACAGGGUGACUUUUGUUGAUGAUCACACUGGCUUCAAGGUAGCAUACCACAUGAAGAACAAGAGUGAGACAUUUGCAGCCCUUAAGAUGUUUCAAGCGUAUGCUGAGACUCACUGGGGGCUAAAGAUCAAGGCAUUCCAGGACGAUAAAGGGGGAGAGUACAUGUCUAAUGAGUUCAGAUCACAUCUGGACAAGUGUGGCAUUGUGCACCGCCAUUCAGUCAGGGCGCGGCCUCAGCAGAAUGGGACAGCAGAGCGGUCUAACCGCACCGUUGAUGAGCACUCUACUGCCAUGUUACAUGAAGCCAACCCCCUGCAUUCAGGGCAUUGGCGGUGUCUGCAUACAUGCAUGUGUGCAACAUGCACCCCACAGCUCGAGACCCCACCAGGACUCCCCAUGAGCUGUAGUUCAAGGCAAAGCCUGAUGUGUCUCAUCUUCGUGUUUGGGGAUGCCUUGCCUAUGUGCAUGUGCAAAGAGACAAGAGAGGUCCUUCUGGGCAUCAUGUCCAGAAGUGUAUCUUUGUAG